AUGCUAACCUUCUCCUCCCCCUUCUCCCCCUCUCCCCCCUCCUCUCCCUCAUCCUCUCCUCUCCUCUCCCUCAUCCUCCCCUCUCCCCCUCCUCAGGUGAACCACACCCUGGGCUCCUCCAUGGUCUGCUUUGAUGGUCCCAUGGCAGUGGGGGGAGACUGUGUGCAGAUGCCCCCCAUGGUUCUGCUGCAGCUGGUUGCCACAAACAGAGCCCGCGUCCUGAGCGCAAACUUCAGCUCCUUCUUUCCUCAAGUCGACCCCAACCUGGCAACCUGCUCCCUGGAACUCACUCUGCAGUUCACUGACAAGGAGGUGAGACUACCAUGA